UUUAAUAUAUCUGUGUGUCUGUGUGUUUGUCUGUCUGUCUUCGUUCUGGAGCGUGAUAUAUGAAACGUAGGUACCCGUUAGAUUAUUUCUUUUGAUUAAACUAAUUAGAUAUUUUACGGACACCUCGCCCCACAAACAUGUCAGUAUGAUGAAUGAAUUAAACUAUUAAAGUUGUGCAAUAUUGGUUAAAAUACCGACAAAGACUGGAGUACUCGCUCUGUUUAGCAAACACUUUACCAACAAUCUUUUUGUUUCACUUAUUUUCGUUGGAUAAAAAACAAAUAUAAAGCAAGAAUAUCUAUUAUACAUAAAUAUACAAUAUUACUAUUUAGUAAGCUGACAUGAAUGGCAAUUACAAUACUAGGUGUUUCAAAACGAGCGAAAGCGAGUUGGAUACACUUUUAAACAACGAAUUGUAAUAUAAAUGAAGCUAUUUCUUAGAUACAAUUAAAAACCAGGUUUAAAAAUUAAAUUAAGUUACAAUGUAUUUUGAAAACUAAUAACUUAGAACAGAUAUUUUAGUAUGGCGCUUUUGCUUGUGCACGUCAUCAGCAGUAAUUAGUAUUACUUGAGUUAACUUCAGUGAACGGUGUGAAUUUAACAUCCAAAUCAUCAACUGGAGCAGCCAAUGAUAUGUCUUUAAAUCGAUCUCGAACAUGUUGGAUAUCGCCGUAUGAUAGCACAAUCUUAAACAGUAUCCUCUCAAAUGGAUGUGUAAGACAUAUCAUGUUUGAUAGUUAAACACCUGUGUUUUUCAGACCUCAAGGACGCUUGCCAUUCAUGGCUUGUGCAUCUUCUUUACCUGGACAGUGACGUCAUUCCUGUGUCACCAAAGCGCCAAAACCUUUCUUUACAACGGCAUUACGUACUUAAACGGUCAUGGUCAGGGUCUUUUUCUUCCGGUAGUUCUGACACUCUCGCAACUUGCCGCAUGCUUUACGGCCGUGGACGUUCGGCUACAGAGGGACAUGGUGUUCUACGUGAUCAUCCUGUCGCACACAGUCGCCACGUUCGCCACAAACUGCAGCAUGGCACUGAUGCACGCCUCCUCCACGUUCGCCAUCAAACUGAUGGAACCCAUAACGAGUGCCGUGUUUCAGCGCCUGUUCCUCGCGACAUCCCUCACCAGGUCCACCCUCAUCAGCCUGCCACUGAUCGUCUCCGGAGCAGUCAUCUUCGCGGGAAACCCUUUUGUGACAUCAUCGAUCUCCAUGGGUGUACUGACGGCGCUUGCCUCCAAUGUCAUCCUGGCGAUCAGAAACGUCGCCAUGAAGUUGGAACAAAACGAAUCCAGGGAGUUAAGACUUCGCUCGGCGGUACACAUCGGCAGUGGCGUGCUGUGCUCAGUCACAUUUACUGCUGCCGUGUAUAUACUGGAAUCCAGACAUAUCUUGCCACCGAUGGCGACACUGACCACAGGGACAAUGCUGUUGUCCAGCGUCUUCCACGUCGUCUACUCGUACGUGUCUACCAACAUCGUCCUGCGAUACAUGACCGUGGUGAGUCACGCCGUCAGCAACAUCCUGAAAAGAGUCAUCGUGGUCCUUCUUCUGUACGCGUUUGGACACAGACACGCGACCACCUGGAACUUCGCGGGUUUGGUCGUCUGCACGUUAGGUCUCCUGGUGUUUAUAAGAGGAAAGAUUGCUCUUCAAAAUACAAAGAAAGAAGAUCAUAAAACGUUAGAUGUAUCCAAGUCAAGAAAGAGCAUUGGUAAACUUGCUAUGAUAGUCAUGUUGAUAGUGUCGGUCAUUGGAAUAUUAGGGCGGUUUGGUGGCGCUGGUGUAAACACUCUCAAAGUAAUCCAGAGACACGUUUUGACAGAGACCAACAACCUGUUGGACUCCGCUGGAUUCCAGUCCGCCGAAACGUUGAGUCGAAUUUCUGAUGCUUCUUUACUACGGUCAUUUGAAGAUAGAACAUUUGGAGCAGAGUCCUUAAAACCUGUGGACCAAACUGAGCUCUUUCCAGACAUGGAAGCAAGUUAUUUGGCUGCAAAUAAGAGCGAAGUGGAAAACUUCCUGAAAUGGCGGCUCAUAGACCAUGGGUUCAAAACAAAUCUUCUAGCUCAGUUGUUGCCAAGCAAUAUUGAAAUAAUACGUGAAGCACAGAGGGUACAUUUUAAUUUAUUUCAAGAUCUCAUUGGCCAUUUUAAGUAUGCCAUGUUCUUCGAUGUUGCCUCCUUUGAGAAUAAAGGUGAUCCGGCAAUCACUGUUGGUGAAGUUUAUUUACUGCGACGUCUCGGAAUAGAAGUGGUAUACUACUGCAGUUUUAGCACCUGCAUGCGGGAACAGAUACAAGAUUAUGCUGGUAACAUGAGCAAAAAGUAUUCCACUGAUGAGCUUGUUAUCCUCAUCCACGGCGGAGGGAAUCUAUUGGGGUACGCUAUGAAUGAUAUCCUGAGGGAACGGCUGUUUCCGAGGUUCCCUGGCUUCAAGAUAGUGGUAUUUUCUCAAAGCGUGUAUGCCCGUCAUUUCGGAGGAGGUCACUUUUACCGCUGCCAGAAGCUCUACUGCUGCAACCCAAACCUGACGAUAGUCCUGAGGGACAAGCAGUCGUUAGACAUCGCUCUGAAGUACUGGAAUAACGGAACGAAGUUCAUGAUGGCGCCAGACAUGGCCUUCCAGCUCGGCGCCGCUCACAGAUUCAUGUCUCCUAUCUAUGACAUAAUGUGGCUCAAACGAAAGGAUAGUGAAUCUCCUCAAUAUUCUGUCAGAGAGAAGACGCUACCAAAGAACGUGACUGUUAAGAUAUCGGACUGGUGGGGCUGGGCGACUCCCAAAGGUUCUACGAACAUGGAGAAUGCUUUUCUUAUAGCGAACAAUGGACUGGUGUUCCUGCAACGAGGACGAGUGGUGAUCACCGAUCGUCUCCAUGGACACAUACUGAGCACGCUGCUGAACAUACCCCACGUGUUGAUUGAUAACCAGUACAAAAAGCUGUCUUCUUUCCACAACACAUGGACGAGAAGUCUGGAAAAUGUGUUGAUAACCAAUGAUAGCUCCAAGGCGUUUGGCCUCGCCUUGACGUUGUUGGAAAAAUACAAACACAAGCUUCCAGAAAUUGUUCCGUUCGUAGAUCUGAACGAAGAUCCUUUUUAUAGAUUUAAUAAGAAAUCUUUAGGUUAAUCAUUGUGUGUGUGUGUGUGUGUGUGUGUGUGUG